ACUGUUCUUUUGAACGACAUCCCCAAGAUGUUACUUACUCUGAUUGCCGUGCUUCUCCCAUGUUGUGGAUUAGGGUUUCUAGUCACUGAUGACUUUAGAGAUUCGUCAAUGUACAAUGCAGAUCUGUAUCAGGGUGACAUCGCAGGAAUUGACAUGACGCAGGACAGAAAUGCCAUUGUUGAGCACGUGAAGUUGUGGCCUGGCGCAAGUGUUUAUUAUGAGUUAGAUCCAGCCGUAGAAUAUAUGAGGAAUGACAUAAUGGAAGCCAUAGGUGACUAUCAUAACAACACUUGCGUCAAGUUCCUGCCGAAAACAACCAUUACAGUAGACUAUAUAAGGAUCGUCAAUGAACCUGGCUGUUGGUCAUACGUCGGUCGACAUGGUGGAAUGCAAAAGGUAUCAUUAGGUGAAGGCUGUGAGGGUAAACCUACGGGGAUUCAUGAACUGAUGCACGUUAUUGGAUUCUGGCACGAACAAAGUCGUUCAGACAGGGACGAGUAUCUGGAGAUUAUUUGGGAGAAUAUUUUUAAAGGGGCAGAAUACAAUUUCGAAAAGUUAAAUUUGUGGGAAAACAACCUUUUAGGAGUAGAAUUUGACUAUGAUUCCAUCAUGCUCUAUGGAGAAACAGCUUUCUCCAAGGAUCACAAGUCCAUCACCGUUAAGUCCAAGAAGGAGGGCGUGAAACUAAUUCCUGUCUACACUAAGAGUGGUUUCUCUAAAACGGAUAUCCUCAAGAUUAACAGACUAUAUGAAUGUUUUGGAGAGGUUCGACCUCCUCGGCCUGAACCCCCUGGCUUUGAAUGUAACUUUGAAGUUGACAACUGCGGAUUUUUCAACGAUUACAUAGAGGUUAGGUGGAUCAGGAAUGAUAAAGAAAGAGCAGGAAAUAAAGGAUUUUAUCUCGAAGUAACAGCUGAACUUGCUGACAGACAAUCUGCUAGACUCAUCAGUCCCACUGCCCAAAACUACGGCCAAGUACGGGCGUGUCUCAAGUUUAAAUAUUACCUGGAGGGUUCUGGCGCACAAUCAAUGGUAAUCACUCAGCAGGGGAAACGUAAUACCAGAAUUUGGAGCACAGAAGUUGUUGAAAGCAAGUGGAAAAAUGUAGUUCUUGAUAUCGACUUGGAGGGGCCAACUCGAUUCUUCAUAGAAGCUUUUACAGAUAUCUAUCAUGGUUCCGGUGUUGUUGCCCUUGAUAUAAUAGUAUAA